CCCCCAGUCACCUUCGGCGGGCGGCAGCCAUGGCGUUCCUGCCCGACGAGUCGCGGUCGCUGCCGCCGCCACCGCUCCUCAACAAGGAAUUCCUCUCUCCUCCUGCUGCAGGUGUUCACCGGCAGGUCCUGUUCGCUACCGUGGGCUGCUUUGUGGGCUACCAGCUUGUGAAACGCGCCGAGUACGUGCAUGCCAAGGUGGACAGAGAGCUGUUCGAGUAUAUCAGGCACCACCCAGUGGACUUCCAAGCAAAAACAGAAAAGAAAAGAAUAGGGGAGCUCUUGGAGGAUUUCCACCCAGUUCGCUGAGGAUUUCUCCAGUGGCGACACAUCACAGGAUGAAUUCCUGCCAUCCUGAGAACUUUGGCAAGGUGGCUGACUCUGUUGAACCGUCCAUGGCUUAAAAGAUGAAAUUUUACUCCUUUUCAUGUAAUAAAAGCUUGAUUAAAUAGUUAGUGUUUAAUUGUUUGCUCUUCUGUUCCUUUAUAGUUUGUCAAUACGUGGAUGACUGAUAUUUCUAACAGAAUAGGAACAUGGAUUAAUGUUUUCUUCAGUUGUUUUAAUUGCAAGACUGGAAAGUUGUUCAUACAAACAUAUAUUGUAUAAAACUCAAAGAUGAGUUCUACAAGUUCAUCUUUAUUAUUUCUCAAUGGCAUUUCUCCUGACCCUUGAACAUGUUCUUGGCCAGCCCCUGUAGAUGCUGUACCUAAAGUCUUGCUGUGAAAUUCAUUCUGAACAGCUACCAAAAUACAUGCUCUUCCUAAUUAA